CUGGGCUUUGGUUCUGCGGCUUGCUCCAUCAGAACACCUCUGCUGCAUAGGAUGUCCUGUGACGAUUAAAUGAGCUCAUUCAUUCAUUCACCUGGAAUGCAGAGGCCCCUCAGAGGUGACUUAGAGUCUGGCCUCUGCCAGGUGAGACCUGGUCAUAGGUGACUCAUAACUGAACAGAGAUGCAGGAAGAAAACUAGCCUGGAUCCUCUAAGGCAGUUUUCCAGCCAGCUAAAGAGAAGCCAACUGGUUCAUUUUCUCACCCCUCCCCUCCCCUGGACAUCCCUGACGUGGUUGCAUGGGUCCUGGCUGGCUGUUGAAGGUCGCGCCUUAUCCUCUGCAAGGCUGGCUUUCAGGUAAGAAGUACAAGGUGUUUUAGAGGCUCAGUCACCCUGGUCUCCCAGCCCCAGAGCUACCAGUGUCACUGCCUUCUGCGGCCAGGAUCGGCAGGACAAGGGCAUGGGGGCAGUGCAGGGCGGAGGCGCCACCCCAGGCCGCUCUUGUAUCACCCUGGUGUGUAUGGAGGGUGAGAGGCUGAGAGUUCCUCAGAGCGCCUCCUGGGAGCCUUGUCCAGUGAAGCUGGGAAGGUGAGAGUCCUCGGCGUGACCUCUGGACGAGCAAGACUGUGAACCAAAGGAAAGGUGACAAGUGGCUCCCCCGGGAGUCGGACAAAACCAGCAUCCCACCCCGACCUGCACCUGAAUGUGUUCCAAAUGGUUCACAGAUUCUGUUUCUUGAUGAAACAAAAAAAUAAGAGUGGAUUAAAAUGACCUUAGGGUGAGAAAAAUGUAAGCAAAGGACAAAAUACAGUUGCCUUAACCCAUUGCUUUUGAGGACAGUUUUUGUGUGGCCGACCCCCCAAGCACUGUCGCCUCAUGCCUUCUUGAGCUCGUCUCCUGGGUUUGAGGUCUGAUUCUGAUUUAAUUUUCACUUGGGCUGCAUCCUCAGAUCCCUCAGGGAGGAUGCCUGUGGGAUGUGUAGGAUUUAGGGGAUCUCAGUCCAGUUCUCCCAGAAGCCUCUGAGGCACAUCCAGUGUUGCGGACGGGCAGUCCAGUGUCCCUGGCGGCGUAGCACCAGCUCUAGCCGGGUGCUUGUUGAAGUUUACACCUGAUCGUCUGCAGCUCAUUAGGAGGCCGUCAUCAGAGCCAGAAACAACAAAGGCCUUGUCUAAGGCAGUGGUGGACCAGGGUCAAACUGACCAGGUUUGGCCCAGGAUGCCUCCCAAUACUCCGACCCUGUGACUGAGGAGACAGUAAAUGGUGACCUAGAGACCAGGAGGGGCUUCCAGGGAUUCUUUGGGGCCUCCUCCAGGAAGCCUCUCUGGUUGGCCAUCUUUCUCUCCCAUCCUGUAGCAUUUGGCCCUCAGGCCCCGGGCUGGCCCUUCCCCAGGCUGUGCUUGCUCACCUGCGGGGGGCUGGGAGGCAGCAGGGCGUCAGUUCAGCUCCCAGGAGGUGGGACGGGCUGGGGGCCCCCAAAUCUUUUGAGGCCUGAGCCCCCAGGUCAGGCAGAACUGGUGGAGAAGGUGGGGCCCUGCCAGAAACAUUUCCCCCUUGGGAAGUGAGGGCAGUGAUACCUCCGCACAGGCUGGUGUGAGGGUCAGUGAGGUCUUAGCCAAGGGCCUGGGGGCGAGCUGUCUGGGGCGCCAGCUCAUUGGAACUGCUUUUCUAUUUACAAGCUGUCUGACUUCGGGCAAAUUACCACUGUGUCCAUGUUUUAUCUCAGACUUCCAGGGCUGGUGUAAAGCAGAGUUGAGAAUGUUCAUCCUUUCAUUACUUCAGCAAAUAUUCACUGAGCAUCAGGGAUGCUGGGCCUGAGGAUAAGGAGCAGGCUGCCUGGGCCCAGGAGGGUCUGAUGGGUGAGCUGCCAUGGAACAAAGACACUGCCAGAUGUGAAGGGAAAGCUGCCCUCCCCAUCCCCGCAGGGUCCCCUGUCUUCUCCCCACCAUAACCCCUCCCAGUGCUGCCUGAUAAAGAAGUCUCCCCAGUUCUUAUCCUGGAGGCCCAGGCAGGGCCCUGCCAGCCCAGGCACCCUCCUAGAUCUGCUCUCUGACCUCCUUGAGUCUAUCAGUCAAAGUUCUCCGGAGAACAGAACUGAUAGGAUAUACAUGGGUCUGAGGAAGUUUAUAGGAAUCGGUUCCUAUGAGUAUGGAGGCUGAGAAGUUCCCAAAGCUGCCGUCUGUGAGCUAGAGACCCAGAAAGCCGGUGGUGACUCAGUCUGAAGGCCUGAGUGAGAAGACAGGUGUCCCAGCUCAAACAAAGUAGACCUGCCCUCCCCCCACCUCUCUGUCCUCUUCAGGCUCGCAGGGCGGAAUGCUGAGGGGGCAUGUCUACUCAGUCUACUGCUCCAAAUGCUUAUUUCCAGAAACACCCUCACAGACACACCAGAAAUAAUGUCUUACCAGCUAUCUGGGAAUCCCUGAGCCCCGUUAAGUUGACCCACAAAAUUAACCAUCACGAUGAGUCACCUAAAAUGGUCUAGAAAAUUACUUUCAUGCGUAAACAGAGUAGUUUCUAUUCUAUACGAGUGAUAGUUUCUAUUUGUCCUGCUUUCUGCUGUUUCUCUGCUUUCUUUUUGAGUGAUUGAGGUUUUCGUACCUUUUCUUCUUACUGGCUUUGUGUAUUCUUUUGGAGAUUACUCUUAACAUUGCGACGUGUAUAUUAACAAAGUCUAAGCUUGGUCAAUAGAUCUAUCUCCCUUCAAACUAUACAAAGCCUUUAGAACCCUUUAAUUAUAAUCACUCCCUCUCUAUUCUUAGGCAUUUGUAUUCUCCAGGACCUUAUCUUGACUUUUGAAGAACUAUCCACAAAUCAGACACCAUCAUUGUUAAUGAACUUGCUUCUCUUUCCUUCUUGCCUCUCAGAUUUCUUCUCUGGAGUCAUUUUCAUUUCUUCUUAAAUCAUCUUUUAGAAGUUCUGCAUGUGGGUGAUAAUCUCCCAUAUUCUGCUGGUCUGAAUGUCUUCAUCUUGUAUAGGAUGGAGAUGGCUGUCCUUGCUCACAGGGCUGUGAUGAGAGUCAAAGUCGCUCCCCCAGCGCCAUUUCUCUGAGGCCCUAACACCCUGGGAAUUCGGAGUCAGCCUCAUUCGGUGUCUCCACUCUGGUGGGUCCCAGCCCUUCCCGCAACACCCUUUUCCCCCUCUCUGACUCCUGAUCCAGCAUAUCCUGCCGUCUCAGGCGACUCUCAUCAAAACCCCCCAGCCUGGCACUCCAGGCCUGUACCUGCCAGACUUAACAUGCCCCUGCCCAGUGUAGACGCACCACGUUACCUGCCCUUCUUCAGACCCCUGCCCUUUCCCUCCUCUGUACACUGGCUCUGGGGACACUAAGAAAAGCAAAAUUGCCCUCUGUCAAUAUAUGCUCCCCCGUGGCAGAGGAGGAGGUGGGGGGGGAGGAUGGAGACAAGAGGGGUCCAAAAAUGUGUCUGAUAUGUCAGCCUUGGACAGAAAGGGAAACCAAAAAGGGGAGGACCUCCCCACAGAGGCCCCCUUGAGCAAAGCUCUGUGUGGCCAGGGAUGGUAAACAGGUGAAGACAGAUGGGUCAGGACAUAGAUACUGCUGUGUGAGUUCCUCUGCACCCCAGUUUGGCUACUUUACAGCUGGAAGAGGACCAGGGCAGCUCCCCACUACUCUCCAAGUGCCCUUGAGCACAUACUUGCAGUCUGUGUGCUGGAGAGUUGAGGGACUAAGUAAGUGGUAAGUGAAUUCCCCUCUUGGGUUGUGGAACUUGGUACCAAUGGCCGACCAGUCACAAUGGCUCCUGGGGCCCUUGCACGCUGUGCUUGGACUGAGACUGCUACCGUGUUAUUGGACUGUGUCAUCAGAGUGGACGGUUUGGGCUGCUGCAGCCCAGGGCCAGUGCUGACUUGGUGGUUGGACACGCUUAUUGUGACCCCUGCUGGCAGCUUCUAUGACUGUGGCCUGAACUGAUUACACCUCUCACUUUGGCCAAGGUCAUGCAGUUUGAACCCCAAGGAGAAAAUGAGUACUCGUCUCAAACAAAAAUUAAUGAAAACGGAGUGACACCCAGCACUGUCUCCAUGCUUAACAAGCUGGACCGGCAAGUAACAAGGGUUUCAGGUGCUUGGCACCUCACUGUGAACAAGCAAAGGUUACAUAAUGAAGUGGAUAUUUCAGCAUCAUCAGAUUCUAUCCUAAUAAUAACUGAAGAGGGACCUCCCUGGUGGUCCAGUGGUUAAAAAUCUGCCUUCCAAUGCAGGGGAUGUGGGUUCAAUUCCUGGUCAGGGAACUAAGAUCCCACAUGCCGUGGAGCAACUAAGUUUGCAAGCAGCAACUACUGAGCCCGUGUGCCUUAACUAGAGCCCCCGUGUGCUGCAAGCUACAGAGCCCAGGCACCACAACUUCAGAGCUCACACAUGCUGGAGCCCGCAUGCCACAACUAGAGAGAAGCCCGCAUGCCGCAACUAAGAUCCCACUUGCUGCAACUAAGACCCGAUGCAGCCAAAAACAAACAAAAUAAAAAUUAAAAAAACAAAAAACAAAAACAAUAACUGAAGAAAUUGCUGCCACUUGGGAGACAGCCAUGGUCAUUGCUAAUGCUCUAUUCCUCCAUGUCACCAAGCAAGGUAUGCCAUGUGCCUUGACAUUGCAUAGGGAUUCUGGAUCCUCUUGAAAGUGUCAUCAAAGCAUCACACGCAAGCACGUAAGCCACUGUUGGCAUCCCGACUUUCUCCCACAUUGGUGAUAUUCUGACAGUGCCCCUAUUGAGGAAACUGCCCACACUGCUUUACGUGCUCCUCAGACACAGGGAAGCAGAGAUGGCUGGGCCUUGAAUGAAGACAAAAUCCAGGGUUCCACAACCCAAGGAAUUUCCUAAAGGGACAUCUGGGCAACUACUAAGAACCAAUUGCUGCCUCCGCUCAGCUACAGGGGCUUCCCCUCAGCCGCCGCCGCCACCGGCCGAGCCCCGCCGCGCCCGCGGCCGCAAUGCAGUUUAUGUUGCUUUUUAGUCGUCAGGGAAAGCUUCGACUGCAGAAAUGGUAUGUGCCAUUAUCAGACAAAGAGAAGAAAAAGAUCACAAGAGAACUUGUUCAAACCGUUUUAGCACGGAAACCUAAAAUAUGCAGCUUUCUUGAGUGGCGAGACCUGAAGAUUGUUUACAAAAGAUAUGCCAGUCUAUAUUUUUGCUGUGCUAUUGAGGAUCAGGACAAUGAACUAAUUACCCUGGAAGUAAUUCAUCGUUAUGUGGAAUUACUUGAUAAGUAUUUUGGCAGUGUGUGUGAACUUGAUAUCAUCUUUAAUUUUGAGAAGGCUUAUUUUAUUUUGGAUGAGUUUCUUUUGGGAGGAGAAGUUCAGGAAACAUCCAAGAAAAAUGUCCUUAAGGCAAUAGAGCAGGCUGAUCUACUGCAGGAGUGCUGGGGCUGCAUGAUACAUCUUAGUGCUAUACAACAUCUUUGUGGAAGUAGUAAUUAAUAAAUCUUUUGGACUGCAUAAAAAUGGAAAGAAUUUUGAGGAUAUCCCCCCUGCUGUUUCAUUUUAUUCAUUUUGAGUCAACUCUUGUUACUCUGGUGUUUGUAAUAAUGAAAAGCUGGAAUACCUUAAAAUAUUCAGUAACUGUAAACCUGAUUUUCAAAAGUAUUUGACAAAAAGUCACAGUAAUAAAUACAUUUUUAUAUCACAAUAGUUACAUAUACAUAAACCUAAAAAAAUUUUGGUUAAAUAAUAUAUACUUACUCAUAUUUCUUGUUUCAUAGUCUCACAUUUUCUGUUCUAUUCUUUUUGUCAGUGCUGAUCCUGAUCUACUAAAUUGAUUGCAUGAGCCCUAGGAU